AUGUUGGCUAUGGGAGAGACAGGAGAGGUGGAGAUAGCUCAAUCGAUAGAGCAUCAGACUCUUAAUCUGAGGGUCCAGGGUUUCGAACCCUUAUUCGGGCGAAAAAAAAGAUAUUGUCCUUUAGGACAAACAGCACGAGGAGAGCUCUGUGUGUAUAAAAAGGUUCCAGAGCUCUCCCAACGUGCGGAGGACGGCCAUCGUGGAGGUUUUAGUUGGGUCUGCGAAGGACGGGAAAAAAGGAAAGAAAAGGAAGGAAAAAAAGAAGAACGAAAACCGACAGCUGGUGGAAAAAGGACGAGCAAUAACGAAGAGAAAGAUAGGAAGGAAAAGAAAGUAUAUCUGAAGAUGGCGAAGGGGAAAUCGGUUUCGGAGCGGAACGACGACGUGUUCGAUGAGGAAUCGGUGGCGGUGCGGUCGCGAUGGCGAAAUUUCGCCGCUUUCUGGGUACUCGGACUUUGCAACAAUUACGGAUACGUGGUGAUGCUUAGCGCCGCGCACGACAUCCUCGAGAGCAAAUUCGGCACGACGGAACCGACGGAGGUCAACAACACCACCGUACCAGGGGAGAUUCGAUCCUGCAACACGUUGUCAACCGGCGCCAUACUGCUUGCGGAUAUAUUACCAUCGUUGGCCGUGAAAAUUAUCACGCCUUUCCUGCCUUUUUACGUACAUGCUCGACUGGCUACCUGUGUGUUAUUUUCCGCUGCAGGAUUCCUCGUGGUGUCGUUGAGCACUACUGAAUGGCUCGCCAUUUUGGGCGUCGUUAUAACGUCACUCUCUUCCGGUUUGGGAGAAGUUACGCUGCUCAGUUACAGCCACCAGUAUCCCAAACAAGUAAUCGUGACAUGGUCUUCCGGUACUGGAGGCGCCGGAAUAAUUGGCGCGCUAUCUUAUGCCUUCCUCACCACGUGGUUAAGCAACGAAGACACAUUGUUAGUUAUGUUAAUCGUACCGAUCAUACAAGGGAUCACUUUCUGGUUGGUUCUGGUUCACCCGCCGCAGUCCAGUAUCCCGAUCACUAAGAACGGUAUCGACAGCCAAGAGCACAUCAUUGAGGUUCCUAGGAAGAGCUUUAAAGAAAAGAUCAAUCUGGUACCGGGGUUGCUGAAGUAUAUGAUUCCGCUCGGGCUGGUGUAUCUCUUCGAGUAUUUCAUUAACCAAGGAUUGUACGAGUUGAUCGAAUUCGACGAUAUUUGGCUGUCGCAUGCCGAGCAGUACCGCUGGCUCCAAGUGGAUUAUCAAAUCGGAGUAUUUAUCUCAAGAUCGUCGGUCAAUCUCGUUACGAUUAAUAAAAUCUGGAUCAUGGCCGUGCUGCAGUUCCUCAACGUUCUGGUACUUCUGUUCGAAACGCUCUUCUACUAUCUACCCAGCAUUUGGAUUGUGUUCACGUUCGUCUUGUGGGAAGGACUUCUCGGUGGCGGAGCGUACGUGAACACCUUCUAUCGAAUGUCCACCGAGAUUCCAAGGGCCGAUCGUAAAAUAUCCUUGGGGAUUGCCACGAUGGCCGAUUCGAUCGGAAUCGCGAUGGCAGGAUGGCUGUCUAUGCCGGUUCACAACGCCAUUUGCAGAUUGCCGAAACCGUCUCGAGUGGGAAGCUAGGAGACACAAGAGAGACACAAGAUAGUAUUUAAUAACGAUCAUGCGGAUAAGCAGAAUCGCCGUAGCGUGAUACAUACGUUAUUUAUUACCAAAUCUUCUUUUACCAGCGUUCUUCGUGCGCUGUUCAUGCGCCAUUACAGUUUCCAAUCACCACUUGUUAGCAAAACGCGAUUAAUGAACAUUGCGAUGAACAAGCUUGAUACUUCGUAACAUUAACACCGCAGAAGUAUUCGAUGCCGUAUUUGUCGUUUGAUCUUCCAUCGAACGAUGCUCGAAGGGUGAACUACGAUUCACAUGGGAGUGUUGUCGAUACCGAUGUUCCUGAAUGAAAACGAAAAGAAAUUCAACUCGCUAGAUUGUAAGUUCGAUCGUUCUGAGAUUUAUUUGGUACAAAUAUUUAAAAGACUAGGAACAGGAUUGUUAUACAACUGGUUGGUUUUCGUUUCUUUUUUUUUUUUUU